AUGAAAAUCGAUGUUUUCUUCCAAACUGAUCAAGGAGAGGGUGUCGCUUCGAACUGGACUCCUCUCCGUACUCUGAGAACCAAUUCAGAUGGUCGAACUGACACAGCAGUCCUCGGCGACGAAGAAAUCCGCAAAAUCAACGCCAACGCGGAUGUCUUCUACAAACUCGUUUUCUUCACCGACGAGUACUACUCUGGAAGGGAAGUUUUUUACCGUCGACCAGAAAUGGUCUUCCGAAUCAAAAAAGAGCAAAUUGAAGAGCAUUUUCAUGUGCCAAUUCUCUGUACUCCCUUUUCCUACUCUACUUACAGGGGCUCCUGA